AUGCGUCUUUUCAAGACCGUGGCGGCGUCGCCGCAGGCAGCUCUUCACCGGAUGUCUGGCACGGGCAAGCCGAACUUGCAAGAAUGGACGGAUGCAAUCCAGGAUUGGAACUGGGGACUCUCAAGGUCUCAGAUCUCUUCGAUGUUUCAUGGCAUCGACUCUGCGAUGGACGGACAGGUUGACAUCCAUGAGCUCCUCGCCUGUUUCAGGCGUGGAGAAUACGAAGGGCAGUUUUGGCAGUCUGCCGAAGCACCGUCCUCUGUUGCAAGCUUCCAGCCGGAAGCUGUUCCAGCGCAGGCAACCUCUAAGUACGAUUGCUAUGAUGGUCUGGACAUGUGGCGGUUUGAGUGGUCGAAGGAGAAGACGUUGUCCUGUAGCCUCAUUAGUGCCAGCGAGCUGCGAGGAAGCCUCGCCCCGGAUCUAACACCUGCACAGGUCGUCAAGCAAAUGGACACCAAUAUGGAUGGAGUAGUCAGCCACGACGAGUGGCUGGCGGCCGCAACCGGAUUCUCCGGUCAUGGUCCUUUCUUGAAGAGCUUGACCGAACCCCGAGCCGAAUUUGCCUUCAAGUCUAUCGAUGUGAGUCAGGACCGCCCGAAUCCGGAUGUUCCAACUUCCGAAAGGGUCGUAUGCUCAUGUCGGUAUUCUUUUUCUCCAUCGAGGCCCUCGUUUGCUUAA